UCUGGCUCGUAGUAGAGACAAGAAUCUUCCAGCAAGCAGUGCCCUCCUUUACCUGCGACUACUCUUUAACAAGCCCUUAGAAAUACGUGGGAAGCAGGCCACUUUCAUUGUCAAGUUCAAGCCCUUGAAAGCCUUCUGGAGUGGGCACCUCUUCUGCCUGUGAGCGAUUUGUCACUUCCUUCUGUAAGACUGGCACCGGCAGACAUGCAGUCCCAGAGGAUCCCGGGGAGAAAGCGAGGCCGACCCCCACUUCACUCAACACCUAUGAAGAUGGCGGUUCAUAACCUUUAUUCCGCUUCAGCUGGCGCUUUGCCAGCAGUGAAGAUCCCCAAGAAAAGAGGGCGGAAGCCUGGGUACAAGGUCAGCAGAAAGACAGAGCUUCCGGAAGAAUUGGUAAUGAAUUCAACCUUUAUCCCUUUGGUUCUCUGCAGUUCCUCCAACUGCUGGAAAAUAAAAAUGCUCAAGUCUCGGGUUCUUAUGACUCCUUUAGCCCUCUCACCUCCGCGGAGCACACCGGAGCCCGACCUCAGCUCCAUCCCUCAGGAUGCAGCCACCAUACCCAGCUUGGCGGCCCCACAGGCUCUCACAGUCUGCCUCUACAUCAAUAAGCAAGCCAAUGCAGGGCCGUACUUGGAGAGGAGGAAGCUGCAGCAGCUCCCCGAACACUUCGGGCCCGAGAGGCCAUCGGUGGUCUUGCAGCAGGCUGUGCAAGCGUGCAUCGACUGUGCCCACCAGCAGAAGUUGGUCUUCUCCCUGGUCAAACAGGGCUAUGGCGGUGAGAUGGUGUCAGUCUCAGCAUCCUUCGAUGGGAAACAGCACCUGAGGAGCCUGCCUGUGGUGAACAGUGUUGGGUAUGUCCUUCGUUUCCUCGCCAAGCUGUGCCGAAGCCUCCUGUGUGAUGACCUCUUCAGCCACCAGCCCUUCUCCAGGGGCUCCAGUGGCUCUGAGGAAGCCCAGGAGAAGAAGGAUGGCAGGAUGGAAUCAGCAAAAACAGCCACCACUGAGGAGUGCCUGGCGAACCCUGUAGGCAUGAACCGCUACAGCGUGGACCCCUCCACCUCCGCCUUUAGCCACAGGGGCUCCUUCCCCACCUCCUCCUCGCUGUACUGCAAGAGGCAGAACUCUGGAGAUGGCCAUCUUGGGGGAGGCCUGGCCACCACUGCCAAUGGUCCCCGUUCCAGCCCCAUGUCCUCUGGAGGCCCCUUGGCACCUGGGCUGAGGCCCCCAGGCUCCAGCCCCAAGAGAAACGGGACCUCUCUCGAAGGAAACAGAUGUGCCUCGAGCCCUUCCCCCAACGGGCCAGACGCCAGGCAGCCACGGAGCAGGAACCCUUCCACCUGGACUGUGGAGGAUGUGGUCUGGUUCGUGAAAGACGCUGACCCGCAGGCUCUGGGUCCACACGUGGAGCUCUUCAGAAAGCACGAGAUUGAUGGCAAUGCUCUCUUGUUGCUGAAGAGUGAUAUGAUCAUGAAGUACUUGGGUCUGAAGCUGGGACCCGCACUGAAACUCUGCUACCAUAUCGAUAAACUGAAGCAAGCCAAAUUCUGAAGGUUUCUCAAAAGAUGGAAGCGAAGUCCAGACAAGCAGGUCUCAGGAUCGUCUUCUGCCUUACCAACAUCCAGCCGCCAUCACAAAAUGGCUUCUCUCCUGAAAAAUAACAUCCACAAAGACUGGGUCUUUUUCUAAAACUUGUGCAUCUCUGCCUUUUAAAAAAUUCAACAUGGCCCUUUCGAAAGGC